UCUCCCAUCGAGCGCGUCCCCAGGUGGCGGAUAGGGGGAGUUGUGUCAAGCCUAGUGAUUAUCAAUUUAGUGUUAAUUAAUACCAAAUUAAUGAUCACUAGGAUUGGCAUAGCUUAGGCCGUGUCUUGUCACUGCCCGCGGACCAAAACUGUCAUUCCUCCCUAGCAUUUUCCUUUCUCUAUUCCUUUUCCUAAAUCCACAAUUCCCCCUCCCCCACUUGUAAGGUUAAGGUGGUUGGUAGCUGUGCCGAGAACCUGAAUGGCUAGUUAGUGGUUAAAGAGGACUAGUCGCUAACAGCUCCCCUCCGACGUCAGGGCACGGGUCGGUUGUAAAACAUUAGUCGCCUAGUCCAUGUACGCCGUCACUGCAUGGAUUGUCCAAACCCUUACGUGCCAACUCGUGGGAACAAAAUAUGGAACAAAACAAUUUAAAAACAAACACACAAACAACAAAUCAAAAUAAUGCAAAUGAGCAGCGUCCGGGACGCUCUAAGAGAAGGAAGUCCUAUGGCGAUAUUAUAAAGUCGCGCUAUGCAAAAGCCUGCUUUAUAUUGGCGAAAAUAGAAAAUAAUUCACGAAAUGGUACGCCUCACGAAAAUGAUGAGAGCGAUCGUCAAAAAUUUCAACUGGUGGUUGAUGAAUGCCUAAAGUACCAGGAAUCAAAGGCUGAAGUAAAGAAGGAGGUGAAUGAGGCGCCCAAGGAGAUGAAGAAAGAGACAACUGAGAUCAUUAGAGAUGAAGUUAGUAUGGCGCCAAAUAAGGAAUAUGUGCCUAAGGAUAAGAAGAACAAAAAGCCAACCAAGGUCAUUACAGAUGAACUGUGCAUGGCUUUGGCUAACGAAAGUAAUGGCCAGCUGAAGCCAGUGGUGGCCGAAUGGCCAAUGAUAGAAAAUGAAAUGAGUAAUAUUUUAUAUAAAUACCUGCUACACAAUAAAAGCUGUCCAAUUCCCCGCUAUGAUUCGGGUGAGAUAUAUCGAGGCUUCUUUUUAAUACAGUGCAAGGACACCUUCUCUAAGGACUUUCUCAGUAACUGUGUAACAAAGGUACGCGAUGCAUUUAAAGGUUUUAGCUUAACGCUUAUACCGGCAGCGCAGAUUCCGGAAGGGGGUUUUGAUGAUAAAACUUUCAACACAUUAACAACUAAUGCCAACACGAAUAUUGAAUGUAAAGAGGAAGAGUUUAUUGUAGCACCGCCGCCACCUACUUGGCAAAAUGACACAGCUGAAACCAAGCUUGAUAUGGAAGACAGAAAGGAAGACAUAGAUAAGAUAAAACUUCUUGAUAAAAACGCUAAUAACUGUUAUCAAAAUUACCUGCAGCGUUAUCAAUAUUUUACUAAUAAGGGCAAAUUAAAAAGUCGAGACAAAAAAAAAUUACGUAGAUGUGAAAGAAAGAUUCGUAAUUUCGAAAUACGUCAUGGUAUCAGAAAAGAAAUAGACGACGAAAUGAAUACGCCACAACAAAACGAAGGCUUUCAACUGUCAGUUAACUAUUUUGAUACAGAUGACGACAACCUUUCUAGAGAUAGCAUGGCAGACAAUCCAUUCAGACGAGAUUUUCCUCAAACUUCCAGGUCAAGCUAUGACCAUGAGUUUGAAGGCCUAAAUAACCAGCAGCCGGAGGAGGAGGAAUGUUUUACUGGACGGCAUAUAUCAUCUAAAACCAAAUCCAAUUACAAGCGAGCUCUUCGCUUUUUGCGUAAUCUGACUGAAUUCACGGAUUUAACGUAUAAACAACAAAAGUACAAAAAUAAAUAUCUGAAAAUGAUUAAAAGAUAUGAACAAAUUUUGGGUAUAAACAAUGAAAUGUUGGAUUACCCAGAAACACAAACUUCAAACGAUUUCAGGGGACAGUAUAGUGGCUGGAAUUACCACGAUUGGGAUGAAGAAAACUACAAUGAAAUGGAAAGAGAUGGAGCAGAAUUUCCGGAACUUGAACAAAUGUCGGGAUUUACACAAAAUUCCAGUUCAUGGAACUAUGGUGAGCCGGAAGCAGCAGGUUACAAUGAAAUGAGAAGAGACUAUACAACAAUAAGGCAAAGAAUUGAAUGUACUUCAACUGCAAGGAAUAACUUUGAGCCUGAAUUGGAACAAAACUUUACCUCAAAUAGACAUAGAACAGCAUAUCCUUCUACUGAACAAAUGUCACAACGAUUUUCAACUGAGAGGAGUAACUUUGAGCCUAAAUUGGAAACAAUAUCUGAUAACUUCACCUCAAAUAAACAUGGAGCAGUAUAUCCAGCAACUGCAAGGAGUAAGAUUAAGACGGAAAUUGAACAAAUGCCCCAUAAAAUGCCAAAUAGUUCCUGGAACCAUGAAGCAGCAGGCAAUGAAAUGAGAGCAAACCAUUCCACCUCAAAUAGACCAAGAUCCGAUUUUACUUCAACUGCAAGCAAUAGUUUGAUGUCCAACAAAAUGUCAAAUAGUUCCUGGAACUAUGAAACAGCAGGCAAUGAAAUGAGAGGAAACCAUUCCACCUCAAAUAGACCAAGAUCCGAUUUUUCUUCAACUGCAAGCAAUAGUUUGAUGCCCCCUAAAAUACCUAAUACUUCCUGGAACUAUGAAGCAGCAGGCAAUGAAAUGAGAGCUAACCAGUCCACCUCAAAUAUACCACGAGCAGAAUUUUCUUCAAGCCACAGGUUUGAAAAUGAGCCGAGACAAAUACAAACAUUGGUGACCAACAAAAUGCCAAAUAGUUCCUGGAACUAUGGCCAUCCGGAAGUCGAAAGUUACAAUAAAACGAGCGGCAAUUCAGGCCAAAGAUCAGUAUGGCCCCAAACUAUAACAAGUCAAUUUCAUUCUGAUGUUUCGAACCAAAAUAUAAUGCGAAAUAGUUCUUUAGUUGAGUGCGCUGCAGCUGGCCGAUCACCAUUGAAUAUCGAUUUAAAAACUAAAGCAAACACUUUGGGGGAAUCUAAAAAAACCAUGUUGGAAAAACAAAUUUAUGAUUUUCUUAAUAACAUAGGAGAUGAAGAGGACCCAGAAGAGCUUUCCUACACUUCGGUGAAACCUUCGGUUGCAGCAGAACUUAAACGUAAGUCAGAUAGUUCAAGAAAAAGUCCCGCCGAUCGCUUUGAUAUUUGUCAGCCCAAUAAUGAAGACAAGCCAACAACUUCAAGCAGGAGGUGUGAUCCUAGAAAAACCUUGACUUCAUAUCCUGUUACUGAAGAACUAAAACCUAAGUCGGAUAGUUCAAGAAAAAGUCCCGCCAAUCGCUUUGAAGACAAAACAACAACAUUAAGCAGAAGCUCGGAUACCAGAAAAACAUCACAUUCAUUCACUUCGGCGAAAACUCCGGUUGCAGCAGAACUAAAACGUAAGUCAGAUAGUUCAAGAAAAAGUUCCGCCGAUCGCUUUGAUAUUUGUCAGCCCAAUAAUGAAGACAAGCCAACAGCUUCAAGCAGGAGGUGUGAUCCUAGAAAAACCUUAACUUCAUAUCCUAUAACUGAAGAACUAAAACCUAAGUCUGACAGUUCAACAAAAAGUCCCGCCAAUCGCUUUGAAGACAAAACAAAAACUUUAAGCAGAAGCUCGGAUCCUAGAAAAACAUCACAUGCAUACACUUCCAUGAGAAUUCCGGUUACAGCAGAACUAAAACGUAAGGCCGACAGCUCAAAAACAAGUUCAAAAACCCCUCAUGCCAUGGAGGUCAUUUCUUUAUCGGAUGACAGCGACUGUGAGCAGGAUAGAGCCAGACAAGAAUAUUACAAAGCUCUGGGUUAUUUGAGAAAGCUAGAAUCCCUUGAUCCCCAUACACUCAGUGAACAAGAGACACGCUUUCAAGAAACCAGCCGUUUUAUGGUGAGACAAUUUGAAAACCAGUUUGGCUUGAAGGCCAACAAAAGCAUGACCUCCACUGCACAUGUCUCCAAUGAGGAAGUCAGCAUGGCUAGCAGGGAGAAGAGGAGUCGUCGGAGUUUCCCUACAAACUCUGAUAUGGUACCAACAACACAGAAGCCGGGCGAGCAUAGUAGAUCUUGGACAUUCGAAAAUACGAAAAGCUAUCCACAAACUUCCAGCAGCUCUUGGCAAAACUCCAAUGAAAUGUAUACGAAAAAUCCAAGGGGAGAUAUGCCAGAAUCUCCGCGAUCCACAAUUGACAAUGAUACCUAUCCCACCAUUACCAACAACCCUGAUCUACAAAUUGCCAUCAUCGAUCGCAAUGAAAAAGAUUUUAAAAUUCCCAAAAUAUCCUGGUCUAAAAUCGAACAAGAAUUGCUGCAAGCUUUAGUGCAUGAGGUGGAGCGAACCAACAACACCAACAUUGCCAUGUUCGAUGGUAUGCAUUGGAAGUAUGGCAUCAAAAUUGUGCAAUGUGAGAAUAUGGAAUCAUUGAAUUUCAUUAAACGUUUCAUCAUCAAACUGUCGCUGAAAAGCACAGGCGCGCAAUACGAUGUUAUACCCGUAAAAGAGCUGCCACGGCGUUCCAUUGUCAAAGUUUCAAUACCGCCACCCAAUUUAGAUGAUAACGCCAUCUUUAAGAUUCUAAAGGCACAAAAUCAUACGCUUUAUACCUUGGACUGGACACUGAUAAACAGCCGGGAAAUGAGUAAUAAAAAUGGCAAAAAUCUGUACAUAAGUAUUUCUUCCACAUCACUGAGACGUCUCAGACAGAUUAAAGGUGAAAUACGUUAUGGCAUAAAUCGUCUGCAGGUGGAAUUGCCACAGGAGGAUGAUGAGGCGAGUGGAGGAAAUUUUGAAUAAGCUUUUUAAGAAUGUUUUAAAACAUUCAUUUUGCAGAAAGACUGAAUUGUAAAACAAAAUGCUGGAAUACUUCCGAGGUUUUAACAGGAAAUAUAAGUGAAUGUCCUAAGAUACAAACUAAAUUUCCUGGGAUUAUGAAUUACCCUAAAUGAAAGUAAAGCAUUGCUGUUAUUGUGAAUUGUUUAUUUGUGAGUGUUUUUAGCUUGAAUUUUCCCCCAAAGUCCAAACUGCCAACACUUUUGUUAUAACCAGUGAUCUUAAGAUUGCCUUAAGCAGGUUGGAUUAAGUGGAUAAGGGACAAGUCAAGUCUUGACAUUAAAAAUUAUAUAUAUAAAGGAAAUAGGCCAAAAUAUUUAUGUCUGCUGAUGCCAGUGGAAAUAUUAAGGAACAAAAAAGGAAGCCAAGCAGAGCAAUUUGUGCAAAAUCAAGCAGUUUUAUUUGUAUUUUUACUUACCCCAAGGACACAGCAUACUACAAAUACGAAGCAAUAUUUACCCAGCUCAAUCUGAAAUAAAAUGAAUUUUUGUUUCGAAACCUCUCGCCAGAUUCAGCAACAGCCGGGUAAAAAUGCAAGAUUUUUCUAUCCAGAGAUAAACUUAGAGCAACAGCAGUAAUUUCACAAAAUUUAUCUACAAUUUUUAUAAUUUUUUGUUAAGGGCAUUUUAACAAAGUAUAAUUAAAGAAGUCAUUAUUUUUGCGUUAAAAAUCAGGAAGUAUAUAGUGCUUUCUACCAGAAAACACAGUAUUAUUUUUUAAAUAGAAAAUAUUUAUGUUAAAACAAACAAAAAAAACAAAUUUACUUUCAAUGAAUAAAAAAUUUUAAAUAAAAUAAAUUUUUCUGAAAUACAAACCAAAAAA